ACGUGGCUGCGAGUGUGUGUCCGUGUGUCUCUGUGUGUGUGUUGGUGACAGAUGACAAAAUGAGAUGAGACCCCUCGGACGGGAGCGGCCACCCGGCUGCGCAGCCUGAUUGCCAGCCUGGUCCCUGCCCACCGCUGCCCAGCGCCGGGGACCGGCCCGAGCCCCAGCAUCCCCGCCAAGAUGCCACUGACCUGUGCCUCCACCCCACCUCUACACUGCCAUGGCCACGCUAGAGACGCUGCCCGUUCUUAGUGACCCAACUUACCCCAGCCCGGAAAACUUCCACAGUUUUGCUCCCCGGCCAUCCCAGCCCAUCUCCCAGAGCACCAUGGGGAGUGUAGGCAGCGGAGUGGCCAAUGACCAAGAGUUCGCCAUGAAGAGCGUGGGGACCCGGACACAGAGCAGCAGUCGGCAGACAGAGGGGUCUCGCAAUGGGUAUUCCACGCGUGAGAUCUCCAACCGCUACUCUGGUGAAGAGAAGACGUACAAGUCAGAGAAGGUCUCCAAUUCCCUCUACAUCAACGGUGACCUGCGCAAGAGUGAGAAGAUGAAGAUGGACAUCUGCGGGAACGUGACCACCAACAAUGAGAAGAACAUGCCGCCUCCUCCCCAAUACCGAGAGCCCAGUAACCCACCAAAGAUAUUGCCAAUCUCCGGCAAACUAGACCAGAGCAAUGAGCCCUUAGUUAGACCCUCAGCCUUUAAACCAGUAGUUCCUAAAAACUUCCAUUCCAUGCAGAACCUCUGCCCACCGCAGAGCAACGGGGUGACAGAGAACAGAAAGAGCUUGAACCAUGCCAACAGCAAUAGCCCGUCCGCACCCAAAAGUGGACUCGACAAGAGCAGCCUUAACAGGACUACAAACCAAGUGGGGGGCCUUUCGGAUUCAGGCCGUAACUCGUUAACGAGCCUGCCCACGUAUGGGACAGGCUAUAGCCAGCAUGUGGGUCCAAUGAGCGCCUCCACGAGCCACAUCAACCGCAUCGGUACGACCUACGUGGACAAGAACAUCGUGGGAUACAAUGGGAUAUCUACCUCAGACAGCGGGCGGUCUUCGAGCAAGAGCACCUCUUCGUUCAACAGACUGAACCAUCUAAACGAAACUAUGCCUUUCCACUCGCCUUCGACAGAUGACAUCAUCCAAGACCUGGAAGACCGGCUGUGGGAGAAGGAGCAGGAGGUCCUCCAAAUGCGAAGGAACUUGGACAAAAGUGAGGCAGCCAUCUUCCAAGUCUUUGAGGAGAAGCAGAAGAUCUGGGAGAGGGAGAUGGAGGACCUGAGGCAAAACUAUGCCAACAAAUUGCAGCAGGUCUCCAAAAAGGCACAGCGGGCUCAACAGGCCUUGCAGCUCCAAAUCUUCAAGCUCCAGCAGGAGAAAAAAAAACUCCAGGAUGACAUGGGACAACUCCUCCAGCAACGAGAAGAGCUAGAGAAGAAAUUUGUGGCUUUUAAGAAGGAGCAGGCUGAGUUUCUCCCGAAGAUUGAAGAGACCAAGUGGGAGGUGUGUCAGAAGGCCGGUGAGAUCUCUCUGCUCAAGCAGCAGCUGAAGGACUCCCAAGCAGAUGUCUCCCAGAAGCUGAAUGAGAUCGUGGGGCUGCGGACACAGCUCAAGGAAGGUAAGAACUUCCUACGGGAGAAGGAGGAGCAGAUCCUCACCCUGAAGGACUCCUACAGCUCCAAGAGUGUCAACCUGGAGAUCUGUGAGAGUGAGCUGCAGCGGAAGAUGAGCGAGGUCCAAGUGCUGAGAGAAAAACUGAACCACUGUGAGCUGGAGGUCUCUGGCCUGAAGCGAACACUUGCCAGCAUGGGACCUCCAGGACCUUUUGGUGGGGACCUUGGUGAGAAGCUGCGGGACCCACUGGCCUGUGAGAGCGACGAAGCCAAGAUGCAGCGGCAGAGUGAAGACAGCGUCAACACACUGCGGAAGGAGGUGGAGCGGCUCCAGACGGAGCUGAAGCUGGAGCGGCAGCAGCGGGAGCAGCAGGUGAUGGACUUCGAGGAAGAACGGCGCACAUGGCAAGAAGAAAAGGAGAAGGUCAUCAAGUACCAGAAGCAGCUGCAACUGAACUACGUGGAGAUGUAUCAGAAGAACCAGCUCCUGGAGCACAAGGUGAACGAGAUGAACACGAAGGCCACCAGCCCCCCGCACACCGAGGAGAAAAAACCAUGGACUCCCUCCAGACUUGAGCGAAUAGAGUCCACCGAGAUCUGAGGUGGGACCAACACAAUACAACAUAACAUUUUUAUUGCUGUGCAUGUACUACCUACUCAAGCCAGUGAUCUUUCGAAGGAUAAUACACUACCGUAGGAGUGGUGUGAGUCUGCUCCCACCAAGCUCCAUCACCCUUACUCUAUACUUCUGUGCUCCGUAGGUAAAAUAACUGUGGAUGUGCGUUAGUUUUCUAUCAAUAAUGCAACAUCUCUUCUGUUUUUUUCCCUAGUACAGCUGGUGAGGGUCUGUUGGCUCUUUUGUAAUCUGCCGUGACUGUUACUCCGCUAGAGGCUGCCAUCCUCUCUCCUACAAUUCACCCCUCUUUGGUUGGUUGUUUUGGAGGGUUGUAUUUGGUUUCUUUGGUUUUCCAAGCAUUUAUGUGCAGCAAAACAGUUCAAAGUGGCAGGUUUUUUUUCAGGGCAUUUUUAGCCACAUUGGCUAAUGGAGCAAAGCUCUCGGGAUCAUGAGCAAACUCACUGCUCUGUAUCAAGUAUCCUGUCUAGACAGUGGUCUUAGUGAAGUCAGUGAGAGGUUGGCCACUGAUUUCAGUGAAACCAGACAUAUCUCUACCAGAUGACUCCCUCUUGCCAGCCCAUGGCUACCAUGGUUGUGAGAGGUUAGGAAAUCCUUCAGGAGCAGGAGGAUCCUGUCCUGGUAACGCAAACCAACAAGGAAUGAUGGCCCAGCAGGAGCCUCUUUGGAGGCUCAGCAGAGCUUAACAUAUGCUGUGUUUUCAUUUUGUUGUGGUUUCCUUCCACAGUUCCACUCCUCUCCUGGGUUGUGACCAACAUUGGGAGUAGAAAUACCCUCCCACCUCUGCCUUGGUCCCCCUAUUCCUACCAUAUACUCAAGCUGGCUACAGCAAGAAAAUAACUUGCAAAUCCAAGCUAGUUUCCCUUUCCAAGAGCCCUCGCACUUCCCAAAGUCAAUAAAAUCAAGGUUUGGGGAAGGCUCCAAACCUGUGGGAUGUUUAUGCAAACUGAAACUUUAGCAGUUUGCCCCAGCAGAGGGGGGCAAUUGUGCUACCCCAUUCCCAAAGGAGAGACGCUUUGGUACACUCCCCCAGAGUCUACUUUAAGUAGGCCAGAGUCUACUUAAAAAACGGCAUCAGAGCCUCACUCAGGAGUUGCAGUGAGCACACAUCAGCAUUACAGCUAGGUUGCAACAGGGGGAGCAUCAGCCUUCAGUACAGCCAUUGCAAACUGCACCCAUAGCAAUCCCACAUGGAAUCACGUAUUCCAGGGACAGAGAUAACGCAGGCUUAGCUUAAGAAAAUAUUCAGCUACUAACUCUGAGCAUAAUAGCAGUCAUCAGGAGGGAAAACACUUAAGAUCAUGCAAGUGCUUAUGCCCUGGAAGAAUAAUAAUCAGAUCCUACAUGCACAGUCACCGAGAACGGUGCAGGCAGCAAAAACCAGCAUUCAGCUUGAAAAGGUGGGCAAAGUGGGCUGGAUUCUCCCUUUCAUGGACACUUUUUUACUGUGAUUCACAGUAAAGAGGAAAAAAAUGUUGCAAAGUGGGGUUUCCACUGCCUGGGCAGUGGCCAAAGGAUCAACACAAGUGGGAAUUUUGGCUCUUUGUUCUGGGGAGCAGCUAGAAGAAGAAAGUUAGAAUUAGCACUGAGAUGUCUGGGAAUGUAUGUGAGGUGACUCCAGGGAGACUUCGGCCAGCAAGGAAGAACCUUAGGGUGUUGAAGGGAUGAAGACCUUCCAAACAAAAGCCCCAAAGCUACACAUUUCCCAUGUUCCCUUCCCCAAAAGCUCCCCCUCUCCAUCACCAGGUCUGACCUUCAAGUUGGGAACAAACAUGGUGGUGAGCUUCAGAUGGAGCAGAGGCUGAACAGAAGAGAGGAGACCUCUGUUAGUCCCACCAACCUCCAGCCAAAUUCAGAAUUAAGAGGCAGGAACUGUUGGUGGCUGGCAGCGAUCCCUAGAGCUGAAUGUGCAUGAGAUGUGCACAGAUGCAGAUGUGCAAUGGACCAGGGCAUUUCAAGAUCCCAGUUGACGGCACCUGGCUUUUCCCAUCUCUUCUGCCUGUGCCUUUGGAGCUGGAGGAGGACACAACCUAUGAGUCUGGAAAACACCAGGGCAGCUCAGGUUAAGCCCCUCUCUCAGGACCAGCCAUAGAAAGGGGGACUAGGUCAGCUUUGACCCCUGAAGGGUGUGGAGAAGAGUCCCACUAUGGAUCCUGCAGAUGCUCCCAGUGCUCUUGGACAUCAGCCUGCACACCCCACCGAGGACAGAGUGCAGCUGCCUGCGGGUGCCACCCAGCAGCAGACUUCACCAUGCCAAGGGAGACACACACAUGCUCCACGCAAGCUUACACUCGGCCAGGCAAGUCCUAGAGCUUUGUCCAUUUCACACACUGGGCCUUCAAGAUGGAGUCAAACAUCCCACAAUGUCAGGCUUGGAGAUCUGGUGUCUUGAGUCAUCUCAGCUUUCUGUGCUUCUAUUUCUACAUCAGACAAACGCACGUUGUCUUCCUUCCCAAAGCAGCUGUGGUGCAUCUGUGCUUGUGAAGGGUUUUGCAGCCCUUGGGCAAAAGGGCAAAGCAUAGAGAAAUUGCAAGAGGCUUAGACUCAGAUGGUUGCAUGCUAGUUUUGAGGCCACCGCAUGAAAAGCAAACCCAACAGCAAGUGCCCUCACCACACCAUAGGUGUAAUAACCUGCAAGGUCACUUCUACCUGUGCUCCUCCUGGCCCCACUGACGUUGAGGUUGGUUUCCCACCAACCAUAGCAGAACCAGCGUGUCAGCCAGUGGUUCAAGAACACCCACAGGGAUUAAGUUUCAAGGAUCUGUUGUUGCUGUGGUGUGCACAAUUCCCCGCUGUAUUAACGCUCAAGAGGAACAGACACCAGCAUCACCCUGAGGGACACCUUCUCAGCAGAACUCCUUGCUAAUCCACAGGCAGGAGAAGCAGGGGCUUGUCUGCCCUCCCCACAUACCCGCAGCAGUCAGACAAGCCCUCCAGCAUGCUGAGUAUGUUCUGUUAUCUUUUUUCUAGAUCUUUUUUUGCAGUGGUGCAAGGAAUGAGUGUAUCUUGAUGGACCCAGUGAAAGCCAGAAGCAUAUGGGUUUGUCUGACUGCUGGAGAGUGCUUGAUCACCCAGGGACUUAAUGGCCUCACAGUGCAUCCAUCAGGGACUGCAGAGCAAUAUGGGAUGGAGCAGGAGUGGCAAGGAGAGAUUUUCCACCUUGGAGGAGGAAAGGUACACUUGCUUCACCUUCUUCUUCACUGCAUCACUUUAAUCUACAAUUUUGAUCCAGACCUGAGCAACCCCGAUUGUGGCCAUUCCCUGGAUGACAGAGAGCCUUGCAGACACCCGUUAAGACACUGUGUCACUGAUGGGGGUGUUCUCUUUCUUGGGAUUCACCCAGCAUCCCAUCCCCCAAGCACUCAGCUGUCCUGCAGAAACCAACUCCCUGUGCUACUACGGUGACAUAAAAUACAGAUGGUUUUGGAAAAUGCCCCAGCCAAGCUGCCAUGCAGGAUUCCUGUUCUUCAGGAAGCAUUCAUGGUAGUUUGGCUGGGGCACCUGCCUGAAGAACAGGAAUCCUCCCUACAACUAAGGUGGAUGGACUCCUCCCCAUCAUGUCCUCUCCCAUGUGUGAGCACUGUGUGGCCACAUGGUGGUAACCAGUCUUUCUCAGAGGUGACUGUUCUUUGCUUAGCAGAGGUGGAGAAAAAUGAUGGUGGGACACCUGGGUUCCUGUCAUUUGUGCUCAGACCUGGCCCAGAUGGGAGCUCACCUAGCUCUUCCCAGAUCUUUUACCCACUGACAGGAUGAGGUCUUCCAUCACAAGCUAGGUGUGCAUUGAGGCCCUGGGGUCUUAGUCUUGGAGCAAGAUAUACAAGGGGUGCUAGACUAGUGUUUUGACGACAUAUCCCAGGAACGGCCAAGGAGACUGACAUCAUGUCUUUUAGAGGCUCAGGCAGGGCUGAUAAAGUAUUUCUAUCCCAUGAAACUCAACACAGAGUUUGGGCUUGACUGUAACCCAGCCAUCUCCUCCAUCUUUGCUCAACCAGCUCUGGAGCUGAUGGGAUUCAGUGUGACAUACUGGCUCCCAUGUAAUUCUCCAAGUACCACCCUCAACAUUUUUGCACGUGGUUAGUGUCUCUCCUGAAACAAGUCAUCUCUAACUUGCCAUUGGCCAACAGCAAAAGCUGUGGUCACGAGGGUCUCAGGUCAGUUGCCCACACAUGAGGUCCAGAGACAGAGAUGCCCUGGGGUACCUGAUACAUGGGGCUGGCCAGCACGACCCAAGAUCUAUAGGAGACCCAGGCCAGUGGUGGGAAGACCUGGAGCACCUCUAGUGGCACAUCACCCACGUGCGAGCAACUGAGUCAUGCUCCAAGCAUAUCCACAUGGCCAUUAUAUGAGCAAACAGGACACUGGUCAGCUCCAGCAAUUCCCAUCCAUGAGGAUCUGGGCUAAGCAGGCUAUCCUGGUGCCAGGGAAGGUCUAAGCAGCCCCCUCUUACCACUGGCUGUGAGUAGGGCUGCUCUGCUCCACCAUCAUGUUGAUGUCACUGUAAGAUGCUGACCCUCCUGGGCUACUUCCCCUCAGACAGCCAACACUCCUGUCUCGCCCUGAGGGUGAACACUGCAACCAUUGCACGUUGUUGUGCUUCACACAGUCCCACUUAGCUUCUGCCACUGCCUUGUGGCAGACGGCUGCACUGUUCCUGCUGUCAUUGGCAUCGUGCCGGAGGGAGAUCACCUCCGGGUUUCCACACUCAAGAUAGGAAUCAAAUUGUUGCUCCUAUGCUGCUAUGUUAUAUGGAGACAAGUGUACUUGGAUGUAAAUAACAGCCCAGCUCUGCAGAUACAAAGAUUAAAUGAGCAGACAAGAAAUCUCUGGGGCUUCUAUAUUGGUAAGCGGGAUCAACAGGAGCAGCCAAUACUGUGUUUGAGUGCUGAGUGCUACUCGGAGGGUGCUGAGCACCCCCUGAGCUUUUGCUGGCUGCACUGAAAAUGGGGGCGGGGGGGGGGCUCAGCACCUCCCAGGAAGGCAGUCCACUUGGGAUUGACUCCAAGAGAGCUGCCUGGUGUCACUCUGUCCUGCUUUGCUGCUCGCUGACAUCCUGCACUAGGAUUUGCAAUUGUCCCCUGGUUAAGGCUGAAGUCACCUCUGCCCAUCCUCGUGUUGCACCAAAAUCCCUUGCAGACAGAGCCCUGCUGCCCAUGAGCUCUGCCCAUGGAAAGGACCACCCCACCCCACCCCUGCAGUGGCACUUUAUAGCUUGCUCAAGACAGCGAGCUCAUGAGCAACAUGACCAAAGAUCUCCGAAGGGCACUGGACUGCGUGCUUGGAGCUGCCUCCCGGUUUUCCUGGGGAGGGAUGAGGCUGGUGCAGGCCGGAAAAGAGGAACGAGAGCUGGCAGGGGACAGGAGAGGGCUUGGAUUUCCCUGUGUCCCACUUGGGAAUGUUUGCAGGUCCAUGAGGGGCCUCUCUUGUGCUAGAUAGGACAGGAUGGAAAGGAGUUCCUGGGUGAGCCGAUUGUCCCCAGUUGGUUACACCAGCAUCCUCCAUAGCUGUGCCAACUAGCUCCCCACACUGCCCAGGGAGAGUGUGGACCGGCAGCUGUUCCCACGAGGCAGGAUGGAUGCAAUUCCCCUUUUUUCCUGGGGAUAAAAGAGGAUGCAUGCCAAGCCAUUACACUUGUCUUCAGGGCAACAGGUCUCCUCUAGUUUAGCAACAGGUGUUGCAACAGGGUCCAGUCAAGGGUUUGUUCUGGCUCAGUGUGAACUGGCCAGGAGAAUGUGUAUCCUGAGAGCUGGUGGUCCUGCUGGCUGCCCCCUUGAUAUCCUCUCCCCAGCUCACCCCAGGGUGUCCUCAGCACCCUCCUUACCAGGGAACCAUCUUCUGAGCUGAAGGCACCACGGGCUUUGCUUCUCCUGCUGAAGGCAUCUCUGCCCACCUUAGCUCCAUGAAGCCUCCUGAACCUGGUCCCAGCCUUGGCAAGUGGAGCAUGGGUCAGCGGGAGAUCUGUGCUCCUCCGCCCACAGUGCUCCUGUGGAUGGGUUCUCAGCUGGCCCUGGGCACAUGCCUUUUCACCACUCCUCUGCUCCCCAGCUCUGCUCAGCCUUCUCCACUCCAUUCCUGCCAAGACCAUGAGAGCCUGCUGACGUGCAGUGCCAGUCCUCACUCCUGUCCUGGAUGGGAGCAGGUCCAACUUGCCGUUACUUUAACCCAACCCUUCAGCCUAAGCCUUGAAAGCCACUUUAUAGAGUUACUUUUCAUCAAGCCCCCUUGCUAAAAAUCUGCUCAUUGUGUUGCCUGUGCCCUGUUCCUCCUCUGCCCCAGCUCUCCAGAUUCUCCUGCCUCCUUUUGGAUCAUCACCCAUUGUCCCAGGAACAGUCAGCGCCUCUCCCAAUACUCUCCCAGAUACAUCUGAACAAGCCAGAACUGAAACCCAAAGCUGCCCCUGAGAGUGGCGUGCCCUGAUGUUGCCCUCAGAGGAGCUUUCUAGGCUACUGAUCCUCACCUCUUCCAUCCAUCAUUCCCAUGUCAGCUAGAUCAGCUUUACCUCCAAGAGCAACCUUGCUUCUCGGUGAAGGACAUCCCUGUGGCUUGCAAUCACUUGCCACCAUUGCAUGGGGCUUCACACCAUGGCAGCACCACACCCAGCCAGCUCUGGGGCCUCCCCGGUCCUUCCACCCUCUGGAAAGACAGUGGGGUGAGGAGUGUACGAGCAUCCCUGGUCUGUAGGGGUACGCAGCGCCCAUGCCACAUGGUCCCCAGUGUAUUGAGGGGGUGGGAUCACAUCCAGCUGUUUGCAGAUGUUGGCUUCCCGAUAGGAUGUUCUAUGCUGGCAGUGCAACUGCCAGCAACACCAGAAAUGAGCUUCUGCAUUUUCAGGAUAAGCCUCCUCCCUGAUACUCCCAAUGAAGGGGAUAAUGUCAGGUCUGGAGCCUGGGACAAGCUAUAGCACACAGGGCUGUGUUUUCAUGGCUCUUUUACAGAUCUGUUUUCUCAGGCAGAAAGUCUCUGCUUUCUGUCACAAAGCAAUAGGUUUUUCUAGAGAGAGUUAAAAGGGACUAUUCCCAACUCUGAUACCUACAGGCAAGCCAAUGUUCCCUUGCAUACCUUUAUAGCUCCAGCCCUAGGCUCUCCUCCUUUGGAAAGGGAGUCAAAGGCCAGUCUGGCUCCCACUAACCACCAAUGGUUUGAGCUAGGUGGUCCCCAUUUGUCUGGAGAGCCCAGAGCUGCCGAUGUCCAGCAGUCUGGGUCCCCAGGAGGUGUGGUCCAUCCCCCUCUGGUGCCCAUCCUAUGACUGUUACUGGGUCCCUGCAGCAGGUCUUCUCCAUCAGCUCACACACGUGGGAGCCGCCGGGUCCCAUGGGGUGACUGAGCUCACAGAGUCACAUUUGGUGACAGCCACACACCAGUGGGAGACCAUGACAUGGGUGGGCUCUGCCGUUCCGGUAAGCCAGACUGUCCUAGGAGCCUUCUUGGAGUAGAAGGUCCCCUUUUCCCCACGGGUGGCACGUGGGUUCCCUUCCAGUGGCUGAAAGGGGACAAAACGUGCAUGGGCAGAGCUCCGCCACCGGUGCCAAAACGUCCUACCACCGGUGCAAAAAAAUGCUGCACAACCGACCAAUGUGUCUAUGCAGUCCCUUUCCACGCAGCGGUGUCCCCGCAGUGCCCAGCCCAGGGCUGGAGCUCCUCCAAGGUGUCUUCGUUUGCACUCACUCGGACCUGGUAAAUGCUGUGAGCCAAGAGGAAUUCCUCUUGGUCUUUGUCUUGCACCGGGCAGUACGCUUGCGAGGGUUUCCUCAUCCUAAAUUGAUGCACAUCGCUUAGUCACCUGUCUUGUGCGUCUGUUUUCCAGCAGAUCAAUAGGUGUCCCCCGCAAACCCAGCUCCCCCAGGGGAGAACGUCAGGUUGGGCCAGCCAGUGCCCCCGAGCAAGCCUGCUGUCUGAUUUCACCAGCAAUAACAGCCCUGCGGAGCAGCGGCCAGAGCUCUCUGCUGCCGCUACACCACCGGGCGAGGGCAAGCUGCAGGCUGUGUCUGUGUGUAGGACCUCUGCAUUAGACCCUUCGUCCAACGUUGUGGACCUCCCCAACUGUAAAUUCAGCCCCAGCCUUGUGCUUUCUUUCCUCUCGUUCGUUUUUCAAUGCCUCAGUCUCUCUCUGCUCUUACUGUGAAUUCAAACCAGAAGUGUUCUGAACUCGACUCUGUUACUGUUUUUGUUUCUGCGUUGACUGUUGCUGGUUCUCCGAACGGCGUUUAAUAAGACUUUGCAAAAAAAAAGAAGAAAAAUUUUAAAAAUAAUAAAAAAAUAUAUACAUAUAUAUAUAAAUAAAUAUAUAUAUAUACACACACGCUUAAAAAAUAAAGUAUUAAAAAAAGAACUCCAUAAAGCUGGGUGUCUCUCCUGUCCACCGGUCACUUCCAAACACCGUUGUCUUGACUUUGCCUCUGGUGUAUUUAAAGACAAGAGGCUGAAAAAGAAAGAGAUAAAACGCAGCAUUCUGGGAUUUUUGUACAGCAAAGGUGUAUCCGUUUCCCAAAUUCUUGUUAAAACUGUCCCACACUUCCCAACGUACUGCUAGUCUGUUGUAUGUUUCCAUGGGUUAUCAAGAUGUGAAGAGCUACUGCCUUUGCGAUUUUCUACAGUGACUAUAUAUAUAUAUAUAUCUGUACAGAGGUAUGUAUAUAUAUAAAUAUAUAUGAAGAUCUAUAUGUAUACGUAUCUCUCAUUCUCCUAUCUCUACCUGACUGUGAAGGAUUUUUAUUGGGCAAAAUAAAAUGGAGAAAGCCCCAUUUUAAAAACCUGA